GUGUGCGCGCCUUCAUCAACGUCUGAUAAUGGUGCCGAAGUAGCGUUCGCUAAACUACAACAAUAUUAACUACUUAAAUUCUUACCAAGCAAAAUUCAGACCAUAUUCCACGCGAACCGCGCCGCGAUCACAGCCAGUGUGGUUAUCGCUAAAAAAAAAACAAAAUAAACAUUAUAUAAAACAACAAAAAGUGCAGUCCGGUUUAGUGCGACUUUGCGUGAAAAAUAAAAGCAAUUCCUUCUCGGCAGGAUACUGCGGUACAAGGUUAUGAACUUAUAAAAAGGGUUUUGUAAAAAUAAAUAUUUCAGAACAAAUAAAAAAUAUGUGAUUGGAAAUCAAUUUGCAGCUUAAGAAGUUUAUAAUGCACCGACCGAAAGUGAUAGUUGUGUGACUCGUGUGCUAGAAAACACACAUUAACCAAUAUUAUUUCUCCAACAUAGCGUUUCAGAACAAAUACUAAAGUAAUAAGAGUAAGUAGUUACAAAAAUGGACGGACGAUGGAUAGUUGCCGUCGUAGUAAUUGUGCACUUGGUGAGCUGUAACGACAAUUCCAUCGACAAUCCGACGACAAAUGCAUAUGAACCCACAUGGACAUACAACUGCGUUCCGGAUGCGGGCUGCCAACGAUCUGAGCGUCCACAGCCAGGCAGUCGUGGGAACGUGUCUAGUUUGACCUACGACAGCAUCGAUCUGUGCAGGACUGUCUGUGGCAGGUUCGGUGGCCUCUGGCCUAGGCCCGUUACCGCUGCCCUGAGCAUGCAGACUGUGAAGAUACACCCUAACUAUUUAAGAUUUGAUCUCAGCAAUGCACCCGUGGAAACACGCGAGAUCCUAGUGAAGAUGACGCAAGUUACCACACAGAACCUUAUCGACGAAUGUGACGGCAACGUUACCGAGAUCGUCGAGACGCCUGUUGUUGUUUACAUCACGGUGAAGACGACCGAUCUGGACAUUACUUGGGAAACAGAUGAGCAAUAUCGCUUGGACGUGCAAAGUAAAGAGAAAAACGCCGUAAUCCAUAUUAUUGCAGAAACAGUGUUUGGUGCUCGUCAUGGUCUAGAGACAUUUAGUCAAUUGGUUUCAGCAGAUAAGUCAGAUUAUGACGAACAAUACAAAUGUAGCCUUCGUCUGGUCUCCGGAGCUAAAAUAUGGGACAAGCCAGUGUAUAAACACAGGGGCUUCAUGCUGGACACAUCGAGAAAUUUUGUUCCGAUGGACGAUAUUAAGAGAAUGGUAGAUGCCAUGGCAACAGUUAAGAUGAACGUAUUCCACUGGCACGUUACAGAUUCCCAUAGUUUUCCAUUGGAAUCAAAACGUGUCCCUCAAUUUACAAGGUAUGGUGCGUACUCUGCUUAUGAGAUAUAUUCAACGGAUGAAGUCCGAGAGUUCAUAAAUUAUGCUCGAGUGCGCGGAAUUAGGGUUGUCAUUGAAAUCGACUCGCCCGCGCACGCAGGAAACGGCUGGCAGUGGGGAAAGGAAUACGGCUUCGGUGACCUCGCUGUGUGCGUAAACGCUAAAACUUGGCGUAACUUGUGCAUUCAGCCGCCGUGCGGACAACUCAACCCCGCCAACCCCGCCAUGUACCGCAUCUUGAGAGACCUUUACCGGGACUUGGCCGAAACCUUACCUAAGCCUGCCUUGUUCCACAUGGGAGGGGAUGAGGUAUUUUUCAACUGUUGGAACUCCUCCGAAGAGAUAACUUCUUACAUGCAAAGCAAAGGUUACGAGAUAAACGUGGAAGGUUUCAUCAAACUGUGGGGUGAGUUCCACGAAACUGCCCUCAAGAUAUGGGAUGAGGAACUGGCGGCUGUGGGGCAAACUGAAAAGCAGCCUGUCAUGAUUUGGUCUUCGGAACUCACGCAGACUCAUCGCAUACAGAAGUAUUUAAAUAAAGACCGAUAUGUAAUAGAAGUCUGGGAACCAAUAAGUAGUUCACUAUUAACGCAACUAAUAAGGAUGGGCUACAAGACCAUAUCCGUUCCCAAGGACAUCUGGUACCUGGACCACGGAUUCUGGGGGAACACCAAGUACUCCAACUGGAGGAGAAUGUACGCCCAUACUUUGCCACGCGAUCCCAACAUGUUGGGGGGAGAAGUCGCCAUGUGGAGUGAAUAUGUAGAUUCACAAGCGUUGGACACGCGCGUGUGGCCGCGCGCGGCGGCCGUGGCGGAGCGGCUGUGGGCAGACCCGGCGAGCGGUGCGGCCACGGCGGAGGUGCGGCUGCAGCGCGUGCGCGCGCGCCUCGCCGUGCGCGGCGUGCGCUCCGACGCGCUGGCGCCCGCCUGGUGCGCGCAGCACGACCUGCGCUGCGUGUAGCCGCGUGCCCCCCACUUGUGACGCUACAUAAUGUUGUUUAUUAAAUGUGCGUCUCAUAUUUCAUGAAUCUUUCUUAUUUCUACAGAUUGAACGCGGUGACGAAAAUCAAAU